CAGACAGUGACUAAUGGGCAAAGGUCUUACGGACCGCCCAGACAAAUAAAUGACGAAUAGUUAAGAUCUGGACGCAACAAACUUCUGACAAUACUUGAAGGUUACGUUACAAUUUUCCGCACUGUCAAAAAUAUUUCAAACUGAAAUUGACUGUACCAUUUUUUGUUCGCGUUCAACCAAAUCAAAAUUCACGAUGGACGAGGACGCCCAAUCAGACUACACUGGAGACGAGCAAGAUCAAGAGGCAGCCGUCAGACGCAGAAUCAACAAAGACACAAGGAGACGCCAGAAACCUGGAACCAAAUGCAGGACGCGGAUAGACGUUUUGGCUACUCCGAACAGAAGACUCAUAUUGGCGCUUUACCAGAAUCAUGCUCAUCAUUUUCCCAAAGAGAGAGUGGAAAAGCUCAAAGAGAUGCUUCAGCAGUUGUAUGCAAUGACGCCAGAAGAAACCGAGAGGUAUUUUGCGGAGAUGGAAGCUGUGACUGCAAGGAUUAUGCUUAGGAAACGUAUUAAAGAUAUGAUGAGGAAGAGGUUGAGGAAUCUCAAGAAAAGAGAACAACAGGCCAAAGCGAUGAUGUUCAUCCAAAAGCUAAUAAAGAAAGGCAUGCUAUUUGCCUUCAACCAUCCCGUACCGCCUCUUGUCUCAAUAAGAUUGAGGAACCUCUCAGACAUAGUAUUGGAGCAGAUCUGUGACCUGAGGAAUACUGACAUCCCAGACCGCGAAGAUCCAGACCAAAUUGGACUCUUCCUCAUCGCUGUAUCGGACUGGAUAGCGAUCUUCAUCGAGCAUGUGUACUAUAUCGUCCAGCUCAAGAAAAACAGAGAAUUGGAAGAGAUAGAAAAGAAUAGAGCUGAUAGUGUCAAAGAAUCAACUCCGGGGUCUCCUAUGAAUACUGAAGCUGUGAUCGUAAAUGAGCUGGGAGAUGAAGAAGAAGAAGGUCAAGAAGUUCCUGUUGGAAUUGCUGACUUGGAUCAGGAUGUUGAGUAGUCUCGUGGCCACGUCUUUGUCUAUAUUUUUGUUAGAAUCAAAAGAGUAAAAAUGUUUGGCAUUGUUUCACGAGUUUCGUGGGGUUUGAGGCUUCCUUGGAAAUAAUGAAUCUCUCCUUGGAAACAGUGAAGCAACGACGCUUCCUUGAGGAAUAUUCAAGGGAGGAUUUAUAUUUCAUUUUACAGUACCCUUACGGUUGUCAUCACAAGUUGUCAUCAAUGUCAG